UCUGAAGAAUAAUACAAUAUUCCUAGGAGAAUUACUAUAGUCUCAAAUGAUUCAAAAGCAAAAAGUCCCCAAAAAGUCCUCUUCCCUUGAGCUAUCUCUCGCUAUUUAUAGGCUCAAGGCUCAAGGGGGAUUACAAAAGAGUGUUACAGAUAUUCUUUCCUGAAUAAUCGGAUACUCAGGAGAUUGUGUGAGAUAAAUUCGGGAUUCAUAAAGAUCUUCCCAUUAAUGUCGCAUUGUACACGGAACUAUCGACCAGACUGGUUGUAGGUAAGACAGGUUUGCACUGCUUCUAAUGUGUCCUCUGGUCGAUACUCUAGCAGAACGUUUCCAGGUGUCAGCCACGUGUCCAGGGAUCACUUGCCACGUCACCAAUGCUAAUUUUAUGGAUAACACUACUCAUUCAGGCGGAUCCGUAAGUAUUCCAACCUUCUUUAUCUCUGUGCUCGGGAUUUUAACUGUAAGAUCCGUACUUAGUUGAAAUGUCUCUUGCUUUCCAGCCAAUUUUUAGCGUCCUACUCCCGACGAGGCAAUGAAGGGGCAUAGAGAGACCCUGCUCCAACUCCCUCAUGGCAGGAGGUCUCUCUUAUACCUUUUGCAUGAGGAUAAGCUCUGAGACUGCAGACUUUUGGGAGAGGGCCAGUCCACCUUUGACUGGUCCAAUAAAAAGUAUGAACAUUGGGAGCAGGUGCCUUUGCCCACAGGCAUCCUCCCUCCGAGGAGAGAGGUGAGGCCCCCACCUCCGGCUCGCCGAAGAAGUCCGCCAUCGGGGAAUGAGGCUAAUGAUGAAACUUCGAGCUCAAACUCGGAUGAAGAAGGUAAAGUCAUCCUUACCUCGAGAAUGUGGUCCCCCACCUUAUUAAAGCAUAAACCCGAUAGGUUAGUUUCAUGUCCGUAUGAUAGAUACCACUUCUACAUAUGGACUCGGGCAGACGAUCGAGUUCAUAGGUUUGAUAGUUGGCUUGGGAAGUAUGACACCAUGUACAGUCUAAACAAGGUGUGGAACAGGAUAGCCGUCCAAUAUGGGACAAACGACUAUAGGGACCUUUCGAGGUUGACGUCCACCUAUAGGGAAGGUACUCCCCCCGCCUCUUCUGAAGAUGGGGGAAUUUCAUGGUCCCCGAGCUCUAGUUCGGGGGAGAGUUCCAGUUAGGUCUUUCUUUACUUGGUUUCUUCUUCUUUUUUAUUCAAGUCUAUUAGCAUGAUGUCUAACUUCGAUUGGAACUAUGCAGGUGCCAUGGACUCUGACCUCGACAACAUCAUCGAGAGUGGUGGCGCCAAAAGGAGCAAGCGUCCCAGGGCGGGGUCGCGAAAGGUGGAUCGGCCCACCAAAAUCCCCAGGAGGUCCGAAAAAACCCCUCCUGCUCCGCCCGUUAUGAGCUCCGUCGCGGCGACAACUUCCCAAGUUGGUGCUCCCAUGGCGACGCCGACCUCGCAAGUCGGUGCCUCUACAAUGGCGCCGACCUCGCAGGUUGGUGCCUCCACUAUGGCCGAGCCUCAGCUUCUUGUAGUGGUCUAGCCAUCCCUUGGUCCAGCUCCUAGAAAGCCUUCUGCUUCUCGAACUCAGAAGCUGUCAGCUUCUACUCAUGUCGAUGAGUAUGUAAUUGACAACGCGGCUGGAUCCCAUGGGUCUAUGUUGUGCUCAGAUGUCAUGUCCCGAAUUGGACAGAGCUUUAGCAGUCUCGAAGCUCCUCAAUGGCAAUACCUGAACAAUGCUCGAGAUUGCACUGCCCUCUAUGAGAAGAGUAUCGAGCUCGCUACCGCGUCUCUUGCCUUUACUGCCCAGCUCAACUAUAGGUUGAACAACGAGAUCCACUCGAGCAAGUCUUAUGCUCAGGAGGCAAAGGAUUUUCAACUCAAGGCGAGUGGCGACCUGAAGGCAGAAAAUGACAAGCUUGAGGCAGGAGCCGAGGAGCUUAAGGCCAAAGCGUCCGAGCUUGAGAAGCUGAAUACUAGGCUCGCGGAGCUCGAGAAAGAGAAUGCCAGGCUCGCGGAGCUUGAUAAGGAGAACGCUCGGCUCCAAGAGGAUAACAAAAAGCUCCAAGAAGAUCAGGCCGCUACCUUUGACAUAAUUGAGGGCGAGAAGGCUCGUCUCCUUGCUGAAUAUAAGGAGAAGAAGGACCAGGCGGUUGAUUCGCCCAUGUACAGGAUGUGGGCCAAUAACGAAGACCUGGAUACCAGCUUCUUAGGCCAUCUCGAGGCGAAACUUCUUGAUGAGUGGAACGCUCGACUUGAGGUGGAAGAGGCUGCUCGGGAGGCCGCCUCCGAGGGAGCUCAGGAGGAUAGUCAUGCUAUUCGUCCUGAGGGGUCCAGCGCUGCUGAUGCUGAGAAGGCCAAGGAGAAUCCUCCUUCUUGAAUCUGAUCUCGGGGAAAUCUUAUCUCGGGGCUGCGUCCCCUUAUUUUUGUAAUUAUUUUAAUUUAU